AUGGUUUUACCAAAUAAAUUAACUGUAAUUGAUUCAGUUGGCAAUAAUCCAAGUACAUGCAUUCUGCAAGAUCCUGUAUACUUAAUAGCCGAUUAUCCCCUAACAACUGCAUAUGAUUCAGCAAAUCCUCAGCCAGACCAAUGUGGAGUUUCAGACACUAAUACUUAUACCCCAAUUAUGCCUAAUGUAAGAUUCAAAGACCUUAAUUUUCAAAUUGGAAAAAAUCAAAAUCCUAAUGCUUCUUAUAGCUCUGCUAAUGUGGGUUCCAUUUAA